AUGACAUUCGAGUUCACCCAUGAGAUGGCCAUGGUCUCGAACCGGCUCUGGGCUGUCCCCUCCGCCGUCGGCGCAGGUCUUUGCUUUCUCGUCCUCUUGGUGAUCGCAGCUGUGGGGAUACAUCCAAGGUCGCGAUCAUACCUUGAUCGUGUAAGCUUUCGGAUCGUCGUAUACACCCUUAUCGCCAAUAUGAUAUUCGGAAUCUCCAGUGCGGUUGGGGGAAGCGAGACUGGCCCGGGCUUCAUCUGCGGAUUCUCCGUCUUCAUCCUACAGUUGACUCUGCAUUUUUCGAGCUGCCUUCUCUUUGCCAUUGCCCUCAACCUUCAGCUCGUCAUCGUUCAUAGACUCAACGGGCAGAAAUUGGAGAAAUAUUACCUCAUCGUUUCCGCUGUAAUUGCGAUCGUUUUAGCGGUACCACCAUAUGCUACUGGGCAAUAUGGAUGGGAUCCUUUGGAACGCGUCUGUUGGUACACCAGCGAUAACAGACACGAGCGAGUUCUUUGGCAGGCGACCACGCAAAUGGGAUGGACUGCUAUCACCGUUAUUGGCGAAGUAACAUGCUCCAUUGUCGUUCUCGUAUUCAUGAUGAGACACAACGCCCGCACAAGGAAGAUAUUCGUUCCCGUUCGUACGUUCACGGAGACAACGACUGCGUCAGGUGUCGUUAUCGCAAACAGACACAGGAACAUUAUCUUCCGUAUUGGACUCUACCCAAUUGCGUCGUGUUGCGUAAAUCUUCUCAGCGUCGCAACUGCAUUGCAUUCAACAUUAUCCAACGGUAUACACGAUCGAACCGACUAUAACAUUCUUUUACUCAGUGAUACCCUCUACGGUGGACGCGCUAUAGUGUACGCCCUACUUGCGGCUUCCGAUCCAGCCCUUAUUCGUGGCGUCCGAGCGUUGGUUUCACAUGUAACUGGCGAUACGCAAGGAACAACAAGCUCAGGCAUGAAGGGUGGAUCAACCACAUAUACCGAGCCAGAUCUACGCCCGAACGAGGUAUUCGUCGAACUCUCAACGAUUACGGCAACAGACAAACUACCGAACGAGGAGGCCGAUACAAGUCGUGCUAUGGGCGACCACAAAGACGAAGAUCAUCGCGAUCGCCAACCACAUCAUGAGAAGUAUUUAUCGGAUGCUGACCCCGAUGCCACGUCCAAUAACAAUAACUACGAUGUGGAGGUAGCCAGAGUGCGCUCUGGAGGUCUUCGGAACCGGAUGAGAGAAGCACGGAAGAAGGACAAGGAAGAGCUUGAGGCAUUUACGCGGCAAAUUUAA